AUGUCACCAUUCAAGUUGGUGUAUGGGAAGGCUUGUCUUCUCCUGGUUGAACUUGAACAUAAGGAGUACUUGGCCAUUAAGCAAUUGAAUUUUGAUGCAAAGUUAGUUAGGGAGCAGAGAUUACUAGAGCUUAAUGAAAUGGAAGAUUUUAGAGCACAAGCUAUGAAAAUGCUCGAAUAUACAAGGAGAAAACCAAGAAGUUCAUUUGAGGUGCAUUAUGUUUAUCCACAUAGAGUUGUUGACAUAAAGAAUAUAGAUGAUGAGACUAUUUUCAAAGUCAAUGGCCAGCGUCUGAAAGCUUAUAAUGGAGUUCCAUCACUGCACAACAAGGCAGUGUUGUAUAUGCACGAUGCUGAAGUGUGCCCAACUGAGAACCAAAUCUCGAUGCCACGGCAUUGA